AGCUACCUCCUCAACCACUUCCUGAUCACAAUCCUAUAUCACACUCUCCACCAUUUCUUACCACCUCCAUGUACCCUACGCCCGUUACACCUUACUGUGCAACUUACCUCACACAAUCGAACUCUUCCAUCUCUCCUUGCGUUGAAUCUUACAGUAUGCUGCUUAUUAAUGCGCGAUCUAUUACACACAAGAUGCACCUCAUUGGCCCAUUUAUCCUGCUCUCAUACCCACAGCUGGUUCUCAUCACAGAAACGUGGCACCCCUCAAAUGCUUCUGACAGCCUACUACGUAUCCCCGGCUACACUGCAUUCUGUAACGGACGAGACAACCAGCGCGGUGGCGGUUGUCUUAUCUAUGUCCGGGACGAUUUUGGUGCACCUGAUUUCGAACUGCUAGCUAUAGGUGACCCUGAAGACUCCAUCUGGAUCCAGACGACAGGAGGUCACCUUGACCUCCUUAUCGGUUGCGUAUACAACCCUCCACACACAUCUAACAAAAAGAUUAAUAAACUCACUAAGCUCUUCACUG